GAAUGUUUCUUUGCUUUGACGCGGUCGGGAUGAAGUCAUUUAACCUACUUAACUUGCUCUAUUGACUUUGCUCUUUACUAACAUAUUUCGACGCAAAAUAAUCUCCAUUAAAUUGCUUUAAGUCAAACAAAUAUGGCAACAGCUGCAUACAUACCCUGACACUACGCCGUCUUCAUAUUACGUACCUAACCUUGUCUUGUUUACGACCUAAGUACUCGUUCGUGUGAUACACCGGUUCGCUAUGCAAAACAACAUUCUCGCGGUCCCCUUCCGUAAAGGGGCCCAUCUUUCGCUCUCGUCCGCUAUUCGACAGUAUAUCUCUACCAAAUAUGACCAACAUCCGGACAUGUUCCGCCAAGAUCUAGAGGUAGUCGAUGCCUUGAGACGCCAAGCCGUGAAUGUACGCGAGCCGCACCCUACUGGUGUCGCGAGAUUACAGGCCUACGCUGGACAGCUUGUAUGGAUCGGGGGAAAAUUCCCUAUAGAUAUCGGCGCAGACUUCACAUGGUAUCCCGCUUUAGGUUACAACACCGAACGGCCCAUAGUACAUAAUAAUCUAAAGUUCGAACUCGCCAACAUCUUAUACAACCUCGCCGCCCUAUACUCCCAGCUAGCCAUAGCAAGUAACCGCGCCAGUACGGAUGGCCUCAAGACCGCAGCGAGCUACUUCAGCCAGUCGGCAGGCGUACUGACACACUUGAAAAAUGAGGUUAUACCUGAGCUGCGAACCACGCCACCGGAGGACAUGGAUGAGCACACGUUAGACUCGUUAAUACAACUGCAGCUAGCGCAGGCUCAAGAAUGCUUCUGGCAAAAGGCCGUUAUGGACGGCUACAAGGAUGCAUCAAUAGCUAAGCUAGCUGCUAAGGUUUCUGAUUUCUAUAAUGAAGCGAGCGAGGCAGCUAUGCGAUCACAGGCUAUCAGCAGUAGUUGGAUUCAUCACAUGAGCGCUAAACACCAUCAUUUUGCCGCCGCCGCUCAAUAUCGUGCGGCUUGCGAAUGUCUAGAAAAGAGAAAAUAUGGUGAAGAGGUAGCGAGAUUGCGCGAUGCUGUUUCUUGCGUGAACGAAGGGCUCAGGGAGAGUCGCGGCGGUUACUUACACAAAACGGUGGCAGAUGACUUAAACAGUCUCAAGCGGAGAGUAGAGGAAGAUCUUAAACGAGCUGAAAAAGACAACGACGUCAUCUAUCUAAACCCAGUGCCACCAAAGUCAGAACUCAAGAUAUUGGAUCGAGCUACCAUGGCAGCUGCACGAAUACCACCACAAGUGUCGGCACCUCUAAACUAUCUCGGAGAGAAGGGCGAGUUUGGUCCUCCGCUCUUCACAAAACUCGUCCCAUAUUCCGUUCAUAUUGCCGUCUCCAUCUAUGAAGAGCGAAGAGACCGCCUGGUAAAUCAGAACAUCGUAGCUGAACUCGAAACACUGAACGAGAGAAUUCAUGAGAUUCUUUCGUCUCUAAAUCUUCCAGGUUCGCUCCAGGCCUUCGAAAAACCGCUCGGCCUGCCUGGGACUUUGGUUCAGCAUGCCGAAGAAAUACGGCAGGCAGAUGCCUUGCACCGCUUGCAAAGAAGCUUCGCUGAUAUUGACAAGCUGCGCGCUGCUGACUUGGCAGUGUUUGAAGAAGGCAAAAGCCUGCUGCAAGCAGAAGAGGAAGAAGAUGCUCAGCUGCGUAGAAAAUAUGGCACUGAACGUUGGUCGCGACCUGAGAGUCAUUCUGAACCGAAUCAAGGUGUAAAGCUUUGGAAACAAGUAGGAGAUGCGGAGGGCUGGUUUGCGAACAGUGAAAGCAGCGAUAAGGUUGUACGCGACAAAUUUUAUAGCAUAGAACCUAUGUUGGCCGUUCUUACAGGACCAGAUCGUGGCCUACUAGACUUCGUGCCCUCAUCACGGCGUACUGAAGUCCCAGAAUCACUCAAGCCCGCCAUUGGUCGUCUACGUACAGCUUACAAUAAUAUAGCACGUCUCGAGGGCCGUCGUCGUCGAAAAGCUGAAGCUCUUCGCGAAAAGGCCCGUGGUGAUGACAUUAAGUCUGACAUAUUAACCGAAACGGCAAGAAUAGAACGCGCCCAAACGGUGGCGACUGCUAUAGUUCCCGCACACUUUGAAGAGUUCUUCGAAAAACGGCUAGACUCGCUUUAUGAACCAGACCUUGAACUUGUGCAAGCUGAGGCGACUGAGCAGGAGAGGCUUAUUUCAGAGCUAAUCCGAGUAAAUCGUGACUUUGAGAGCCAAAAGAAGACGGUGGGUGACAAAGGAAACAAGGAAAGGGAGCAAGCUCUUCAGAAACUCGAAAAUGCAUAUUACAAAUACAAGGAAUUGAUCAGCAACGCGGAGGCGGGACGCAAGUUCUACAACGAUCUCAGUCGCAUUGUAGGUGGCUUCCGAGAUGGAGCGCGGAACUUUGUAGCCGAAAGAAGACACGAGGCACGCAUGCUUGAGGAUGAGCUAAGUAUGCCGCCGCUGAACAACUUGAGUCUCGGGGGACAACACGAUCGUGUGCAACAACCUGUGCAACCGACCAGCUCUUCAAGUGGUUGGAACGGUGGCACAGGCUAUCAAGAUCAGCUGCAGCAAUCGCAGCAGACCUCAUUCUUGCCACCACCUGCUCCAUCCAGACAACAGAUUCAAAGUCCUGCCGAAGCGCACAUUCAGUCAUGGAUGCCGGCUGGUGAGACGGUGGCGCCGCAGCCUCAACCGCCGAGGGCAAAUCCCAUGCAGAGUGUAUGGAGCCCAGGGACAGGCAUUAAAUUUGCCAACAGCCCACCUCCUACAGGCGCCGCCGUAGGUAGCGGGGGGAGCAUAGGAAGUAACUCUCAGCAGGAGAAACGGCCGCCUAUUGCGGGAACCUGGGAUCGCAAUAGCGCGAUAAGAUUCGGUUAGGAAGCGAAUACAUCGCGUCCUCGUAGGACGUAACCAGGCGACCACAGGUUGACGCCGGUCAGCUAUCGUAACACUUCAAGUUCGUUACUCGAUCAUAUCCCUGUACGCAUCGUUAUAACAAAUGCUACUCGCCUUUCAAAUAGAAACUUAUAUAAAAAUAAUCAAAAGAGCGAAAUUAUACCCUUCAUCUACAAUUGCAGGAUUUCGAUAGACUAUGGGCUGCAGAGUUCAGACAACGGUCGACUCCUAGAAAUAUGCGAUCGGACUAUGCAUAGAGCUACUAAUUAUUAGUAAACCCUCCCCCUAAUAAUUGUCCAAUAUCUAUCUUACUGGAAUGAUUAACUAACUAAUAACAAAGUCAAGAAGCUCACAGAAGUCAUGUCAUAGAAAAGAAUGGAAUUUAAUUCAGAUGGAUAUCAACUAGCACGCAAGCUAUAAGCCUACUGCAAACGCCCUUAUUGAAACAAGAAAGAACCGUUGAGUAUAUCUACAACAUGGCAAACGAGCUAGAAAAACGAAAGACGUAGUGCAAAGACGUUCCGUGGUA